AUGGUGCCAUUGUAUCUGGGAGAGUUGUCAGAGAUUACUCUGGUGCUUGGCUUGGUGGCUUAUCUGCAAACAUGGGCUUUAGGCAAGGAAUGGUUCCCACUUGAUAUUGAAUAUGAUUCUCAAAUUGCUAUGCAAAUGCUUUCUUCAGAGUUGGAGGAAGAGCUUCCAUUCUAUAGUUUGGUGACUAGCUACCAUAAGAUGCUUAGGUCCAAAGACUGCAAUAUUUCUCAUAAAUAUAGUGAAGAAAAUUGCCUUGCGGAUAAAUUGACACCUCUGAGCUCAAAACUAUAUUUGGGGUGUAGAUUUUGGGAAGGUGUGCCUGAAAGGUUGGACAUUAUCUACUGGAAGAUUUGA